CUGAGUGCUAACCUCUGCUCACGCUAACUAGAUGGAGACAGUAAUUGGGUUUCCAGUCAACUGAGUGCCGACGUGUGUUGGUGGGGCGUCGGUUGAACGGCUGUACUUUUCACAAACUGGCAGCUCUGUUAACUGUAGAGCCAUGUCUCCAUCAGUCCCCCUGCAGGAAAUGAUCCGGGCCAUUAGGUCAGCCAGGACGCAGUGUGAGGAGCGGGGGGUCAUUCAGAGGGAGUGCGCAACCAUCCGGGCACAGUUCAGACAAGCCGACAACGAAGGGCGAUCGCACAACCUGGCCAAACUGCUCUACGUGCACAUGUUGGGUUACCCAGCUCACUUUGGUCAGAUGGAAUGUGUUCGGAUGAUUGCCAGCCCGCGCUACAGUGAGAAGCGUGUAGGAUACCUGGGAGCGAUGAUGCUGCUGGAUGAGAAGCAGGAUGCCAGCCUGCUCAUCACCAACUCCAUUAAAAAUGACCUGGCUAACAGUAACCAGUAUGUGCAGUCUCUGGCUCUCUGCACACUAGCCUGUAUGGGGUCAGCUGAGAUGUGCAGGGAUCUGGCACCAGAGAUUAACAGGCUGCUACGAGCCUCCAACUCCUACAUUAAAAAGAAGGCUGCUUUGUGUGCUGUUCACAUUGUGAGAAAAGUCCAGGAUCUGGGAGAGCUCUUUGCCCCCUCAGCUCGUUGCCUGCUCACUGAGAAGAACCACGGUGUGUUACAUGGGGCUGUGGUGCUCAUCACUGAGCUGUGCGAGUGUAACCCAGAAUCACUUGAGCGUUUCAGGAAGACCGUACCAGAUCUGGUUCAGAUCAUGAAAGGUCUCGUUAUUUCGGGUUAUUCUCCAGACCAUGAUGUGGCCGGAAUCAGCGAUCCCUUCCUGCAGGUACGCAUCUUGAGGUUGCUGAGAAUCCUCGGUCACAACAAUGAAGCAGCGAGUGACGCCAUGAACGACCUGCUAGCUCAGGUGGCGACUAACACAGACAGCACAAAGACUGUGGGCAAUGCUGUGUUGUAUGAGACUGUUCUCACUGUGCUAGACAUCAAGUCAGAGAGCGGCCUCAGAGUUCUGGCUGUGAACAUCCUGGGAAGAUUUCUCCUGAACAACGACAGGAACAUUCGGUAUAUCGCCAUGAUCUCUCUUCAAAAGAUUGUUGGGACAGACCAUAAUGCAGUGCAGCGCCACCGUGGGACUAUAGUAGACUGCCUGAAGGACCAGGAUGCUUCUGUCAAGCGCCGUGCGUUGGAGCUUUCUUUGGCUCUGGUGUCAGCCUCCAACAUCCGCUCUAUGAUGAAGGAGCUGCUCAGCUUCCUCUCCUCCUGCCCCCCCGAGCUCAGGUCUCAAACUGCCAGUGGUAUAUUCAUUGCUGCUGAAAGGUAUGCUCCCUCCCAGCGCUGGCACAUUGACACCAUCCUGCAUGUCCUCACCACGGCAGGGGGCGAUGUGAGAGACGAAACGGUGCCCAACCUGAUUCAGCUCAUCACCAACACCUCGGAGCUGCACUGUUACACCGUUCACAAACUAUACCGGGCUCUGCACAACGACAUCUCUCAGCAACCUCUGGUCCAGGUGGCGUGCUGGUGUAUAGGAGAGUAUGGAGACCUGCUGCUGAGAGGAGAGUGUCAGGAGAUGGAACCUGUGCAGGUCACAGAGGACGACGUCCUGGAUGUCCUGGAAGUGGUCCUGCAGUCCCACAUGUCGUCCCCGUCAACGCGAGGCUUUGCUCUCACCGCCACGAUGAAACUCAGCACACGCAUCACUGAGAACGUGGAUCGAAUCAGAAGCAUCGUCAGCAUCUACGGCAGCUGUAUAGAUGUGGAGCUCCAGCAGAGGGCAGUUGAAUACAAUGCUCUCUUCAAAAAAUAUGACCAUAUGAGGGCAGCAGUGCUGGAGAGGAUGCCUGUGAUUGAAAAGAACUCUCAGGGUCACACCAACGGGGACUCGACAGGGGAGACUGUCAAGGAGAAUCUAGCAGUCAAAGUCAAACAGGCAGAGCCACAGCAGGCUGCUAACCAGGUGUGUGAUCUCUUGGACCUGCUGGGUGGCUCUGAGCCGCCUCUGCAGUCCAGCCCGGCUUUGGGCAGCACAGCACCUCUGCCCAUCGGCACAGCUGGCACUGCUGGAGGAGACCUCCUGGAUCUGCUGGGAGGGUUGGAGCCCACUGCCAUUAUGCCAGCUCCCACAGUGAGUGUGUAUGACAAAGACGGCGUGACUGUAACACUAAGUUGUGAGAAACAGUCCGAUUCAGGCCUGAGCAUCACACUCACCGCCUCCAACUCCACUGACUCAGACAUCAGAGGCUUCACCCUGCAAGCUGCAGUGCCCAAGAGUGUCCAGUUACACAUGAAGGCCCCCAGCGGGGACUCUCUUCCUGCAAGAGGCGCCGCUAAAGUGACCCAGAUGGUGGUCCUCAACAACCCAAAUAAGGUCAAUCUUAAAAUGAGGCUUCGCAUCUCUUACACCAGCCAAGGAUCAGCUGUUCAGGAUACAGUCCAGGUCGACUCUUUCCCCGGACUCGGUCACUGAUAUCAGCCCGUCAGUCCAACAGGAUUGUGACACCGGUCUGCGGAUGACUCAGCAAGCGUUGCCUGUCUGACUCAGCCUUUCUGUUGUCACACCCUACACACUGCUGGUCCUCAGAUAGCUUGAUCUGUUGUUUCUAUGUCUAAGAAACACUGUUCUCUCAGAAGAAACCACAGUCUCGUUCAUGGAGUUGCAUCUGUCCAUUCCUCGCGAAUGGAGACAUUAAUGUGAUUAAUGGAGUGGACUCUGGAAUAUGCAGGUAUAAUGUGGAAAAACAUACUUUUUUGAAGGAGGGUUGUGUUAACAACUGUCCAUCAGGGUUUUUUGUUUUUGUUUACAAGCUGUUAAAGCUGAUUGUAUUCAGUGUUUCACUCCACAGUAAUGUAAACUUUCAGGGGCUUCUGUCAGUCAGCCACCAGAUCAACUCCACCCACCCAGCAGUUUAUGCAUGCUUUUAAUACAUUUGUCUUUACACUGUUUGAGAGGAGGCAAACACUAAUUAAUGAGCUACUACAACUAAUUUAUUCUAUCUAAUACACAUCCAUUAGGAAACAAAAAAAUGAAAUUUGGAUGAAAGGAAUAUUUUAAAACACCUAAUGUGCUGCACUCAUGUAAAUCCCUUCUUUUUUUCUUCAUUAUUCACCUGAACAGCAGUGUCCAUGUCCUGAACCAUUCCUGUGCCUUUCAUCCUCUCUUAAAAAUGUAAUAUUUAGCUUUGGAGGCCAAGAUUAUUUAACUCUUGAGUUGUUUUGUUUGUUUUUUUUUAAUCACUCCCAUACAAGGAAAACUUGAUUUCCCUGACUGCUGUCCCUUGUCUGUUUUACCUAAAUGAGUUAUUUUCUGAUGCAAAUAUAUAGUGAUGCAAGAAUGAGCAUGAUGCUGUCUAUAAAAUGUAUAUUUUAGAUAUUCAAAGUAUAAGCACAAGAGUUUUAUGACUGUAAACAAAGCCAGCAUAUGACCCUGUUCAUUUGAUAACGCAUCGUAACCUCUUUUAAAGCCACUCUGUGUACUGGAUGUCAGCGACGGUGCUCUACAUGGAUUUCACUGGAGUCCUUACCAGACUGUUUCAUAUCAUCAAGUUAGCUAAAUCAUAGUGACAGAAGGAAUCAUUGUUUGGAUUGUCUUUGAAUCUUAAACCUUAUGUCAUUUUCUAAUUAAAGAAAGUUUUCA